CGAGCGGCGCAUCUGCGCAGUGGGUGUUAUUGUGACUGUCGGGCCGCGGCCCCGGAUGUUGUGGCUGCAAGGGGGAGAUGGCGGAGGCAGAGGGGGUGUCCGCGGCCCCAGGCCCAGCUCCAGGGCCGACUUUCAGGGGCCGCCGCUCUGUGUCAGGCUCCUGGGAGCGGGACCAGCAGGUUGAGACGGCGCAGCGGGCCCUGGUGGAGGUGCUGGGGCCGUAUGAGCCUCUGCUGAGCCGGGUGCAGGCAGCCCUGGUGUGGGAGCGGCCAGCCAGGAGCGCCCUGUGGUGCCUGGGGCUGAACGCGGCUUUCUGGUUCUUUGCACUGACAUCCCUUCGUCUUAUCUUUUUGGUUGCGUUCAGCUCUAUGAUCAUUGUGUGUAUAGAUCAAUGGAAGAGCAAAAUCUGGCCGGAAAUAAGAGUGCCAAGACCUGACGCAUUAGACAAUGAAAGCUGGGGCUUUGUGCACCCGCGGUUGCUCAGCGUGCCCGAGCUCUGCCACCACGUAGCAGAAGUCUGGGUUAGUGGGACCAUUUUCAUAAGGAACCUUUUGCUUUUCAAAAAGCAAAACCCAGGCAAGUUCUGCUUGCUGACCUGUGGGGUACUGACCUUCUUGGCAGUGUUGGGCCGAUACAUCCCCGGGCUCCUGCUGUCCUACUUAAUGCUUGUUGCUGUCAUGACGUGGCCCCUUGCUGUGUACCACCGGCUGUGGGAUCGGGCGUACGUACGGCUGAAGCCAGCUCUGCAGCGGCUGGAUUUCAGUGUCCGUGGUUACAUGAUGUCCAAGCAGAGAGAGAGACAAUUGCGACGCAGAGCUGUGCACCCAGAACGCGCCGCGGACGGCCACAGUGACAGUGAGGAGGAGCUUGCUGCCUUCUGUCCUCAGCUGGAUGAUUCUACUGUUGCCAGGGAAUUGGCCAUCACAGAUUCUGAGCACUCGGAUGCUGAGGUCUCCUGUACAGACAAUGGCACAUUCAACCUUUCAAGAGGCCAGACACCUCUAACAGAAGGCUCUGAAGAUCUAGAUGGUCACAGUGAUCCAGAGGAAUCCUUUGCAAGAGACCUUCCAGAUUUCCCGUCCAUUAACGUGGAUGCAGCCGGCCUGGACGACGAGGAUGACACCAGCAUUGGGAUGCCCAGCUUGACGUACCGUCACCCACCAGGAGCUGAAGAGCCUCAGGCAGUCCCUGCCAGUCGGGAUGAAGCUGCACUGCCAGAGCUCCUGCUUAGUGCCCUGCCUACAGGGUCUAACCUCACCAGCAACCUCGCCAGCCUUGUCUCACAGAGCAUGAUCCAGCUGGCCCUGUCAGGGGCCUCUCAGACAGGCCCUUCUGGCCCACUUCCUCGGAGAGCAACAAGAAGCUUCCUCCAGGCCCCCAGUUCUGACCUGGACACAGAUGCUGAGGGGGAUGACUUUGAACUUCUGGACCAGUCAGAGCUGAAUCAGCUAGACCCUGCCAGUUCCAGGAGCCAUUGAGGCAGAAACUCCUAUUGGGGUCACGGAGUUUAGGUGUUUUUUCCUCCCCAUCCCACAUAAGGUGAAGGGGCAAGGGAAGAACCCAGGUCCCAUCCCCUGAAUUAUAUUUGUAUGCUGGGUGUUCUGGUUGAUCCUCAGAGGCCUGCUGAGAGCACACUCCCCUGCCACCAGCCCGACGCCGCGUCUGAGCUCAGUCCCAGAAGUGAGUGUGUGCUCCCUUGCAGGAGGCGGCUCUCCAUCAGGAUGGUACUUCUGGGGAACAAAGUAGUCAGGGGCACUGUUUCCCCUUUGAGGGGGUGCUGCUGUUUGCUUCUAGGUGUGGGUGCUUGGGGGUCCUCAGUGACAGAAGAACCCUUCCUCUCCUUCCUCCUGUCUUCAGAGCUCUGAAAGUCAGGCAGCAGUCAGAAGACUUCCAUGGUCAUCCUCUUCCGUGCUCAGCCUUGAUUUUUUUUUGUUUUCCAACACGCUUGUCUUCUGGUUCUGCAGAGCAGGGCUGCUUCCUCCUACUGUGUUCCUCCUUGUUUCUUGAGGCUAUUCCAAAAUAGUGCUAGUGAAAUUUAAGAAAUGUGAACAUGUUGUGGAGUGAGCCGCUUCUGCGUUGCCUUGAGCCUCAGGGUCAGCUGGUUAGGAGAGUGAGUGCCUCUGUAUCCAAAGUCUCACUGAGUCCUCUGCAGCUGCCCGGUUCUCUUUGGUGCUGCUGACCCUGGCUUCCUUUGAUCAUAAGCCUGAGCAAUGAGCAAAGCAAUACCAUACCCAUUCCCAUAUUCUGUUCCUGCCUCUGCUCCUCCUCUGGAGAAGCAAUAAUUCCACGGGGGGUGUCAAAGUAGCACUUUAUAGAUAGCUCAGUGGCAUUCAUCCCAGGAGCCACCAGCUCUUCUUAUUCCCUGUUCAGCUCCAUUAAUACUUUUAUAAAGUGCUUCCCAACUUCCCUGGGUCUCCAAGGAUGAGCCCAGUUGCAAGAAAAUAGCUAUCAUGGGUGGAGGAGUGUGUCUGUUCCACUACCUUCUAGUAAAAUCAAGUGAGACAAAAAUAAAAAGUGGUAAUUAGUUUUAACCCUUGCCAGCCUAGAGCCUCUUAGCCUCCCCAAUCAGAACUCAAGUCAGACUCUUUUAUCCCGCUCUCCCUCUGCAUUGACCCUUUACUGAUCCUCAGGGACCACUCCCCAAACACCCCCGUACCUGGGUGAGGGGUGCUGAACAGAGCCCAUUUUCAUGUGCUGCAGGUGCAGGGUGUGCUAACAUGUUCACUCUUGGAUGCUGGACAAGGCAGAGGCCGGGAGGUGAAAACAGUUAAUGGUGAGAAGGCAGAAGAGUUAGCUGCUUGUUUUAGUCACUGUGUGUGAAGGAUAGGGUAAUGGCCUCUGGAGUUGUCAGACAGACUGGAUACCUCCGCCUCAGAGCCCAGAUGACUUAGGGAUGAGCUCUGAUGUGGGGGGGAAGAAGGGAGCUGUGGGAAAGUAGUGGGUUUUAUGUGUUUGCAUGAGUGUGUAGCUUCAGGCUUUGGCAGUUGACAAGAGAGAAGGAAGGGAGGAGAACAAAAUCUUUGGAAGGUGUUUCUUGUACCUGGGGGAUCGUGUUUGAAUCUCCUUAGUCCUCCACUGUGAAUUAGGAUGGGGGUGGGGAGGGAGGGAUGCUGCGAAAUAAAUCUUGGUAUG